AUGACAUCUCGUAAGCGGAAGAAAAUAGAAGAAAACAUAUGUGACAAUGAUAUACAAACAGAUAUCAGCAGAAUACUCUUGGAGGAUUGUGAUUUAGAUAUAACCAUUCUUCUAAGGAUUCGAAAUUACUUGGAAAACUCAAAGGAUAAAGAAUUAGAAGUUCAAGCAGUGAAAUUAAAAAUUGAACAAGGGUUCAUUAUUCGUUUGCUUUGUCAAUAUGAUGCAAUGGAAUCGGUGAAAGAUAGAGCCAUCUUUGAUAUUCUUUGUUUACUCGAGAGAUCGUAUCAGAUAAGCUUACGACCCUUUUUUCCGAUGGUGUGGGGAAAGCGAGCAAAGGACAAUUACGAAAAAUUGCGCCAACUGGGACAGCUUUUACAUACAAAACUCACUGCGGAUCAGGUUUUGGAUUAUUUAAAUCCAAAAUUGGUAUGGAAUACGUUACUGAAGUCUGAACAAACAACCAGCAUCAAAAUACCUGAGAAGGAUUCUUCAAAUGAGUUGUAUGAUGCCCGUUUCAUACUUCGACUAUUGGCAACCUUGUUAGAUAACCAUGCCAAAAUAAACAGUCGAAAAUUUAUUGAUGUAAAUGGUCUUUCACUUGCAUUUGCAGCAACAAGUUUUAUUAGUCGGAAUGAGCGUUGUGUCGCAUACCUCGUGCUCAGACGGUUUUUACUUCACUUAACAGAAUUGGAUACAGAUUCAUUCCCAGAAAAGUGUCUUUAUAUUUAUCUGUUGCAAAUAUUCAAAAACAGUAUCGAAGAACCAAUUCAACGAUUACCACACGUUGUCGCACAUUUUUUUGCAAGAGUCACGAAAUUGAUUUUGCAUCCCGAAGAUCCAGUCUAUCAACCAGUACUAUCGUUUCUACUGCUUAAGCCAAAUAUUGAUGUUCAAAAUGUUCCUGAAAUUUACAAACUGUUACUGAGUUCAAGUAUAGAGCAUUACAACAAGGAGCGUCAUUGGUGUUUACGCCUGAUAUUGGAUUCACUCAUUGAACCGAAUGAUUACAACAUCUUACAAAAAAGAUUUAACUCAAAGAUGACUAGCUGGGAGCGUGUAUUUUUGUGCCAAUUAUUUAUUACGCUUAUUACUCAUAUUAGAGAUAUUUAUUCUGGUAACGUAAAUAGUGAUUCUAUGGAAAUUAAUUGGCGUAAAACUAUAGUGUACAAAACAUGUGAAAUGCUUGGAAAUAAAGUGUGUAAUGAGUUAGAAAAAGAAAAUGAUGAGGCGAAAAGUACAUGGUUACCGCAAUUAAGACAACUGUUGUGCAAGGAUAGUUGGGUGCCGUCUAUAGACUCGUGCGAUGUUCAAAAUUGA